GUGUCAACCUCAACCGAGCCAUACGAGGUGACGUCAUUGCUUUAAGCGCGAGCCUCAGGUUGUAAACAGAGCGCGUGAGAAAGUGAGGGAGAGCGCGCGCGCUGAGGGAUCAAUGCGCGAGAUUUCUUCCCACCCAGCCAGUUACUCAGGGGUGCGCUUGGGAGGAAUGGCAUAUCUCAUGGCAGCUUUCUCAGUCAGCAAUACUACUGUGACCAACUCGAUCAUAAUGAACGCCAACGGACCUCCUGAUCUCAUGCUUGACACCAGGACAGUAUGUGUUUCCAUUGAUGAUGUAAUGACCAAUCAGACUGGCAGCCAAGAGACCCCACUGUUACAUGCACACCUGAAAAAAGUGGAGAACAGCCUAACAGAGGCACAGCGCUUCUCAUACCUGCCACGCAGACCAGCGGUCAAUAUUGAAUUCAAAGACCUCUCAUAUUCAGUCUGUGAGGGACCAUGGUGGAGAAAGAAAGGUUACAAGACCUUGCUGAGAGGCAUCUCUGGCAACUUUACCAGUGGAGGUCUAGUGGCCAUCAUGGGGCCCUCAGGAGCAGGAAAGUCAACACUCAUGAAUAUCUUGGCAGGAUAUAGGGAAACAGGCAUGAAAGGAAAUAUCUUGAUAAAUAGGCAACCCAGAGAUCUGAGGUCCUUUAGGAAAGUGUCUUGUUACAUUAUGCAAGAUGACAUGCUUCUACCACAUAUGACAGUCCAGGAGGCCAUGAUGGUGUCAGCUAAUCUGAAACUCCAGGAAAAGGAGGAGGGUAGGAGAGAGAUGGUGAGUGAGAUCUUGACAGCACUUGGCUUAAUGGAAUGUGCUAAAACACGCACAUCAAACCUCUCUGGAGGCCAAAGGAAACGCUUGGCCAUUGCCUUAGAACUUGUCAACAACCCACCUGUCAUGUUUUUUGAUGAGCCCACAAGUGGACUGGAUAGCUCCUCCUGUUUCCAGGUGGUCUCACUGAUGAAAGCUCUGGCUCAAGGAGGUCGAACAAUUAUUUGCACUAUUCACCAGCCCAGUGCCAAGGUUUUUGAGCUCUUUGACAAACUUUAUGUUCUGAGCCAAGGUCAGUGCAUUUAUCAGGGAAAAGUAUCAAACCUAAUCCCGUAUCUAAGGGAGCAUGGCCUCAACUGCCCUACAUAUCACAACCCUGCUGAUUUCAUAAUGGAGGUGGCCUCUGGAGACUAUGGUAACCAUAUGCCUCAGUUGGUAAAAGCUGUCAAUGAGGGCAAGGGUGAGAAAGAUUACAAAAGUGAGAUGAAUGGUGAUGGAGCUCUGAACUCCUUCUUCUGGCAUAAACCAUCUGAUGAGGACUCCUCUUCCACUGAAGGUUGUCAUAGCUUCUCCGCCAGUUGUCAGACCCAGUUCUGUAUCCUCUUUAGAAGAACGUUUCUUAGCAUCAUGAGGGAUUCGGUGUUAACCCACUUGCGCAUCACCUCUCAUAUUGGAAUUGGGCUCCUGAUAGGGCUUCUGUACCUUGGCAUUGGAAAUGAGGCCAAGAAAGUCCUCAGCAACUCUGGUUUCCUAUUUUUCUCUAUGCUCUUCCUUAUGUUUGCUGCUCUGAUGCCCACUGUGCUAACCUUCCCUCUGGAGAUGGGUGUCUUUUUGAGAGAACACUUAAAUUACUGGUACAGCCUGAAGGCGUACUAUCUAGCAAAGACUAUGGCAGACGUCCCAUUCCAGAUUGUAUUCCCAGUGGCAUACUGCAGCAUUGUUUAUUGGAUGACCUCUCAACCAUCAGACGCUGUUCGUUUUAUCCUCUUCUUGGCUUUGGGCACACUGACAUCAUUGGUGGCACAGUCUUUGGGGCUCUUGAUUGGGGCAGCAUCUACAUCAUUGCAGGUGGCCACAUUUGUAGGGCCAGUGACUGCCAUACCUGUUUUGCUAUUUUCAGGAUUUUUUGUCAGUUUUGACACCAUCCCAAAAUACCUCCAGUGGAUAUCUUACAUUUCCUAUGUCAGGUAUGGCUUUGAAGGAGUUAUCUUGUCUAUCUAUGGGCUGGACCGCGAGGACCUACACUGUGACAAAGAUGAGACAUGCCACUUCCAAAAAUCCAAGGCUAUUUUAAAGGAGUUAGAUGUUGAGAAUGCUAAAUUGUAUAUGGACUUCAUUGUCCUGGGCAUCUUCUUUGUCUCCUUGCGUCUUAUUGCCUACUUUGUCCUCCGCUACAAAAUCAGUGCAGCGAGGUAGACGACAGGACAGCAAUAACUUUAAGAAGAUUCUUGUCCUUAGGAAUGAUGAGCAGAGAGAAUGCAUUGAUUCUUUCUUCAAACUGCAAAAAAGGCUGAUAUUUAUGUGGAGGUCCUUAUAGGACAAAAAUACACUGAACAGUGUAGACUACUCACCUUUGGUGCACUAUUUUGCACACCACCAUGGAUUUCCAUAAGGAUUGACAGUGUAAGCACAUGUGCAUGUGACAAUCUACAGUUGGUUUGAACAGUUGGACUCAUAUCAUGUAUUUUUGUCAUGCUGUGCAAAUUGUGUCUAACAUUCAGUUUGCUUGUGUAUGAUGAAUGCAACCCUUAAUAAAUAGGAAACAACAAUCAUAAUUAGUAUGUAAUUCUCAUAAACAGGAAAGGGCUUUACAUUUUUAAGAGUUGGACUAUUACCUCUAUACCUCUAACUUUAUAGUGCUGCAAUGCUUUUUAGACUUUUUUUAGACAUGCUUAAUUAAUGAAUUAUGCAAUAAAAAAAAUCUGUGUAUCACAUUACACUAUUUGUGGACAUACAUAAUUUUUAAAUGCACUGGACGCUCAGUUAAAUUGUUGAUUCUAAUCUUAAGUAUGCAGGCUCAUACACUUUAUAUACAGUAGCUCGAAGAGAUACAAGGUCUUUGUUACUUGGAUAGGGGGAACUAUGUCUACUGGGAUUUUUUUUUUUCCAGGCAGAUACCGACUUGUUAUGUUUGCUAUUUUCAACUUUGGCCUUAGUAACAUCCAAAAACAAGACUUAAUCUGCCUUGGUUCUAAUGUGGCCCAAGUGGGACUGAAAAGUGAUUUGUUGUACAUUGCAUCUAAUGCAUUAUUUUAUAGAAUUCACAAUUAUAGCCAUGCAAUCUUUCAUUGCCACUGUUAUUCAGUGACUCAAAAACCAUUAAUAUCCUUAGUAAGGCAGUAGUACUUUUAUUUAACAAUCUUCAUAAUGGGAAUUUGACUACUGUACAACUUUUUAAACAAAGCUCAAUUCACCUUGAAAGCUUAUCUAUUACAUUGUGUGCACAAUGCACCAGAUAGAUGGUUAGAGGUCAAGAAAUAAUCAAAUACACAAGAUUAUAUGUUGUGCUCUCAAUUUGCUAUCUUGAGUUUUUAAGAGAAUCAGGAUUAGACAUUAAUUCGACAAAAAUAUUAGUAAUAAAUCAGCCUCAUAAGGGUGGCCUAAAAUAUACUGAUCCACAAAAUAUUUCUUGAGUUGCUUGAAAAACUUUUGAUAUUUAUAUAUUGACAUGAUUUAUUCUGAUGUCACUAUGUAUAGUUUUUUUUUGUUGUUGUUGGUAUUUUAAAUUAUACACCCCUGCUAAUAUCACAGAUAGACUGUAUUAACUUGCCAUAAUAAGUACAUGUACAUAUGUUUUUGUCAGUGUACUGAUAUUCCACAUACAUAAUGUCCAUGUUGUGUUACAGCAAACUGUUUUAUAAUGUCAAAUUAUGAAUUCGUUUCAGUACUUAAAGCUGUAACAAAAUUGGCAUUUAUUUAUCAUCGACUUGCCUGUGACACAAAUGCAUAUGAAUAAAUAUAGAGCAACUAUGAAUAUAAGCAUAUCAGCAUAUAUUUGACCAAAAAUAUUUUGAUGGUUAUAUUUAUUUCACUCUUUAGAUAGACACACUAUACAAUGCAUUAUAACUAUUAAUGAAUAAAAACAAAGUUGUGGCUAAACAAAACAAAUAUAAAAAAAAAACAUGAAUGAUUAGCCAGAUGUUGACAUUCAUUUGCAUUUUAUUAGAAAAAAUAAUAAUAUCUGUGUUGCAUAUGCAUAUAAAGAAGAAAAGUUUACUGUGGACCUUAAUGUGGAAAUGUUAAUUCAAUCAUGGAUUUGACACAUUUUCAUGUGAAUGUAAAACUAUUUUAUUUUAAUAGGUUUGUCUAGGAGGCAUUAUCAUGUCUGUCUUUUUUCUGUGUAUAUUGGCUGCAUAUUAUUUUAGAUUUUUUUGUUUAUUUAGUAUUCGAACAAAUCACUUCAGGUAAAUGGGACAGCAUCGUAGAAGUUAAUUAAUUCUUCAGGGAAAAGCAUGUAGCUUUUCUUUGAGGUUUACACUAGAAAGAUCAAUACGAAAUUUCAAUUAUUAAAAGAUUAUGUUUUAGUAAUAGGAUAAUUGAUCCUCACAAAAUAUUUCUUGAGUUGCUUGCAUAAAAAAGCUGCAAAAAAUAAACAAACUUUUAAAAAACAUCUUAAAAGGGACAAUUUAUGAGGUCAUGAUUCAUUCUGACUUAAAAAUUAUAUGUUUAAAGCCAUUAGUUUAAAUCAUGCACCCUUGCUAAGAACACAAAUAGUUUAUUUUAAAUUGGUAUUAUAAUUCAAUUGAUUUCAAUAAAUGUUUAUUUGUAU